GCAGCGCAUGCACGCAGCAACAGCAGCAGGAGCAGCAGCAGAUGCUGCUGUUGCAGGGGCUGAAGCAGCACUACAUGCUGCUGCUGCUGCUGCUGCGCGGUAUCAGCGAGCAGCAGCUGCUGCUGUAGAUGCAUACGAAUCUGCUGCUGCAGCAAAAGAAGCAGCAGCAGCAGCAGAGCAAGACCUAACGAGGACACAAGCUGCUGCUGCCGCUGCUGCUGCUGCUGCAGCAGAUGCAGCAGCUGUAGUCGAUCGGGCAGCUGAAGCUGCUGCUGCAGCAGAAGCAGAAGCAGCAGCAGCAGAGCAGGCUGCUGCUGCAGCAGACCACGCCGCUGCUGCAGCAAAACAGAAACGUUCUGCUGCUCAUCAGGCAGCUCAAGCUGCAGCAGCAGAAGCAGCAGCAGCAGAUGCAGCAGCACAAGAAGCUGCAGCAGCAGCAAAAGCUGCAGCAGCAGCAGAAGUUACAGCAGCAGAAGCGAUAGCAGCAGAAGCUGCAGCAGCAGAGGCAGCAGCAACAGAAGCGGCGGCAGCCAAAGCGGCAGCAGCAGAAGCAGCAGCAGCAGAAGCAGCAGCAGCAGAGGCUGCAGCAGAAGAAGCUGCAGCUGCAGAUGCAGCAGCAGCAGCAGAAGCCGCAGCCUCAGAAGCAACAGCAGCAGAAACUGCAGCAGCAACAGCAGCAGCAGCAAAGGUGGCCGCGGCAGAAGCAGCAGCAGCAGAAGCUGCAGCGGCAGAAGCUGCUGCUGCGAAAGCGGAAGCAGAAGAAGGUGCAGCAGCAGCAGCGACAGCAGCAAAAGCAGCUGCAGCAGAAGCAGCAGCAGCAGAGGCUGCAGCAGCAGAAGCUGCAGCAGCAGAAGCAGCAGCAGCAGAAACGGCAGCAGAGACGGCUAGGGCAGCAGAAGCAGCAGCUGUAGGCGCUGCAGGAGCAGCUGCUGCAGCAGCAGACGCAGCAGCAGCAGCUGUGGCAGCAGAGGCUGCAGCAGCAGAAGCUGCAGCAGCAGAGGCUGCAGCGGAAGAAGCUGCAGCAGCAGAAGCAGCAGCAGCACAAGCUGCAGCAGCAGAGGCGGCAGCAGCAGAAGCAGCAGCAGAAGAAGCUGCAGCAGCGAACGCAGCAGCAGCAGAAGCUGCAGCAGCACAGGCUGCAGCGGUAGAGGCAGCAGCAGCAGAAACAGCAGCAGCAGAAGCAGCAGCAGCAGAGGCUGCAGCAGCGGAAGCUGCAGCAGCAGAGGCUGCAGCAGCACGAGCUGCAGCAGCAGAGGCUGCAGCAACAGAGGCCGCAGCAGCAGAAGCAGCACCAGCAGAGGCCGCUGCAGCAGAAGCUGCAGCAGCACAAGCUGCAGCAGCACAGGCUGCAGCAGAAGAAGCUGCAGCAGCAGAGGCUGCAGCAAAAGAAGCUGCAGCAGCAGAAGCUGCAGCAGCAGAAGCUACAGCAACAGAAGCUGCAGCAGCAGAGGCUGCAGCAGAAGCAGCAGCAGCAGCAGCAGCAGCAGAGGCUGCAGUAGCGAACGCAGCAGCAGCAGAAGCUACGGCAGCAGCAGCAGCAGAUGAAUCAGCAGCAAAAGAGACAUCCACUGCAGCGGGAGAUGCCGCUGCUGCUGCAGCAGCUGCAGCAGCGCCGGCAGCAACAGCAGCAGCAGCUGCUGCACAGGCAGCAACAGAGGACGCUGCAGCAGCGGAUGAUGCAGCAGCAGCAGCAGCAGCAACAGCAGCUGCAGAAACAUCAGCAGCAGCAACAGCAGCAGCAGAAACAUCAGCAGCAGCAACAUCAGUGGAUGCAGUUGAAGCCGCCUCAGCAGCUGCAGCAGCACCAGCUGUUGCAGCAGCAGCAGCAGCUGAAGCUGCUGCAGCUGCUGCUGCCGACGCAGCAGCAGCAAACGCAGCACGCGAAGCAGAUGCUGCUGCAGUGGAGUGGCUAACAAACAGCGCAUACAAAUUGGGCUGCACACAAGCAGCAGCAGCAGCAGCAGCAACAGCAGCAACAGCAGCAGCUGCUGCAGCAGAGGCACCAACAGCAGCAGCAACAGCAGCAGCAGCUGAACGAGGUGCAUCGACUCCCGCUGCAGCAGACGUUGCAGGCGCUGAGGCUGCAGCACCAGAGGCAGCAACAGCAGCAACUGCAGCAGCAGCAACAGCAACAACUGCAGCAGCAGCAACAGCAACAACUGCAGCAACUGCAGCAGCAGCAACAGCAGCAGGACCAGCAGAGGGGCUGGUGGUCAGCGCCACAGCACUUCGCAGGUUCGAGGCUGCUGCCAUGCAGCAGCAACAGCAGCAGCAGCAGCAGCAGCUGCAGCAGCAGCCGCAGCAGCAGGAUCAACGACAGCAGGAACAAAGGGAGGAGAAGCGGCAGCAGCAGCAGCAGCAACAGCAUGAACAGCAGCAGACGGCCGACGAAGCUGCGCAGCAAAUUACCCUACAGAGCAGCAGCAGCAGCAGCACUGGCAGCAGCAGCAGCAGCAGCAGCAGCAGCAAGGUUGCUGCUGCUGCUCUCAUAACAACUCGCUGCACUACAACCUGCAGCAGCGGCUACGACGCAGCAGAUGCCUUUCCGUCUUCAUGUGAAUCUGUUGCUGCUGCUGCUGCUGAUGCAGCAGCUGGCUGCGCACCACAGCAGCAGCUGCCGCAGCAACAGCUGCAGCAGCAGCUGCAUCAGCCGUCGCAGCGAGAAACGCAGCAACAGCAGCAGCAGCAGCAGCAGCAGCAGCAGCAGCAAGGUCCUUGUGCUGCUGCUGCUGGACCUACAAACGACCUGCUGCCUCGUAUCCGCCUUUUGCUGCUGCAGUCUGCUGCACACGACAGGCAGCAGCGGAAGCAGCAGCAGCAGCAGCAGCAACAGCAACAGCAGCAGCAGCACGGAGAGGAGCUGCUGCCGCUGCGUAUUCUGCUGCAGACAUUUUCUAAGGCAGCAGAAUCCAUCGUGCGCAUGCAGAAGCAGCAGCUGCAGCAGCAGCAGCAGCAGCAGCAGCAGCAACUGGAGCUCCAGCAGCACGUUGCUGUUCUUGCUGCUGCUGUUUCUCGCGUCCAUAAGACAUACACAGCAGCAGCAAGAGCAGCAGCAGCAGCAACAACAGCAGCAGCAGCACGACCCGACAAACCAGAGACAAGUGAGCAGCUGCUGCCGUUUGACGUCGCGCUGCAAAUUGCUGCUGCAUUUUGGGGAGCCCUCAGCAACGCGGUACAAAUGUCGUCGCUGCAGCAGCAGCAGCAGCAGCAGCAGCAGCAGCAGCAGCAGCAGCAGCAGGUGCUGCAGCAGCAGCGGCAGGAAGUGCUGCUGCAGCAGCAGCAGCAGCAGCAAGUGCUGCAGCAGCAGCUGCUGCAGCAGCAAAAAGUGCAGCAACACAAGCACAUCUUGCAGCAGCAACAGCAGCAACUGCAGCAUUGGAGAAGCGCUGCUACCGCAGCUGCUGCAGCAGCUGCUGCUCUCCCUGCAGCAGAAACUCCAGCUCAGGAGAGUGAGAAACAGCAGCAGCAGCAGCAGCAGCAGCAGCAGCAGCAGAAGCUGCAGCAUCUAGGAGUACGCAGAAACCGAGAAGCAGCAGGGGCAGUCUUGGUAUUCGAUGCAAAAACAUUUGAACUGGUUAGAGUGCUGCAGCAGCAGAAGCAGCAGCAGCAGCAGCAGCAGCAGCAGCAGCAGAAGCAGCAGCAGCAGCAGCAACAGGUGCAGCAGCAGCAGCAGCAGCAGCAGACUCCAGGAGAAACGAAGCAGCUCCCGACGCUGCAGGAUUGCUGGCUGGCAAGCAGCGCACACCGGGCGAGCUGGGCACGGAGGCAGCAGCAGCAGCAGCAGCAGCAGCAGCAGCAGCAGCAGCAACAGCAGCAGCAGCAGCAGCAGCCAGCAGCAGCAGCAGCAGCAGCAGCAGCAGCAGCAGCAACAGCAGCAGCAGCAGCAGCAGCAGCAGCAACGGCGGCGACGACAGCAGCAGCUGUGGCAGCAGCAGCAGCAGCAGCACCUGCUGCGGACGUGGCUGCAGCUACUGCUGCAGCAGAAGAAGCAGCAGCUUUAGCUGAGGCGGAGAAGGCAGCCGCCGAGGCAGAAGCAGCAGCAGCAGCAGCAGCAGCAGCAGCAGCAGCGGGAGAAGCAACAACAUUCUCGUCGCUUAGUGCUGCUCUGGUGUCUCCGUCGUCGCUGACCCUCAGCCCCGACAGCUCUGCUGCUUCUGCUGCUUCUCUGUGCAGCAGCAGACGAGCAGCAACAUACAAAGCGUUUGCUGCUGCUGCUGCUGCUGCUGAUGAUGAUGAUGCAUACAGCAGCAGCAGCAGCCCCGCAGGAGCUACCGCCCGAGUGCCUCGGCAAUGCCUGAAAAUGCGGAUCCGCACAGAGCAGACAGCAGCAGCAGCAGCAGCAACAGCAGCAACAGCAGCAGCAGCAGCAGCAGCAGCACACGAUCUAGCUGAGGCUGAGCCGUGGGGCGCGACUCUAAAAAGGGAGUAUCCAUUGCAGCAGCAGCAGCAGCAGCAGCAGCAGAAGCUGCACGAGCCGCAGCAGCUGUUGUAUCAGCAGCAGCAGCUGCUGCAGCAGCAGCAGCAACUGCAGCAGCCGCGGCAGCAGCAGAAGCAGCGAACACGUUCAUGUACAUGCAGCUGCAGCAACAGCAGCAAACUGGCAGUGGCAGUUGAUGCUGGUCCACGCUGGCCUUCAGGUUCGUCUCCUGCUGCUGCUGCUCCUGCUGCUGCUGCUGCUGCUGCUGCUGCUGAUGCUGCUGCGCGCCCCCAUCCCGGGCUGCUGCAGCGCCGAGGACGAUCGCCAGCAGCAGCAGCUGCUGCUGUGGCUCCAGCAGCACUCACAAAGCCGCUCACAUUCUCACCAACAGUGCAGCAACAGCAGCAGCAGCAGCACCUGCAGCAGCAGCUGCUGCAACAGCAGCAACUGCAGCAGCUGCAACUGCAGCAGCAGCAGCAGCAGCAGCAGUGCUUCGCUGGUCUCCGGCAGCGCAGCUGCAUUGGGCGAAAUCCAGCAGCAGCAAUGGCAGCAGCACCAGCAGCAGCAGCAGGAGCAGCAGCAGCAGCAGCAACUGCAGCAGCAGUGCAGCACAACCGAGAAGGCUGCAGCGGCACAUCCCAACAGCAGCAGCAGCAUGCUGCUGCUGCUGCUGCUGUGUCUUUGCCUGUUGAUGAGCGCUGCACUGCAGCAGCAAACGGCUCUCUCCCUCUCGACUGGUCGCCUCAGCAGCAGUUGCUGCUGCAGCAGCAGCUGCUGGUGCAGCAGCAGCAGCUGCUCCUCCAGCAGCAGCACCCUUAUCUCCAGCAGCAGCAGCAGAAGCAGCAGCAGCAGCAGCUGCUGCUGCAACAGCGGCACCCAUGUUCGCUGCCUGUGGCCGCAGACAUCCCAACAGCAGCAGCAGCAUUAGCAGCAGCAGCAACAGCAGCACCAGCAACAGCAGCAGCAAUAACAGCAGCAGCAGCAGCAGCAACACCACAGGAGACGUUCUCACUGGGCUGUGGCUGCUGUGGCAAUCACCCCGUGCUACAGCAGCAGCUGCUGCUGCACCAAAAGCAGCAGCAGCUGCAGCAGCUGCAGCAGCAGCAGCAGCAGCAGCAGCCACAGCAGCAGCAGCAGCAGCAGCAGAUGAUGGUUUACGAUCACCACUCCAGUGGAGGGUUGACGCUUGCUGAUCUAGAGGGCCGAGCCCCUGUUGCUGCUGCUGCUGCUUCUGCUGCUGUUCCUGCUGCUGCUGCUCUUGCUGCUCCUGCUGCUGCAGCGCCAGUUCUUCCCGUUGCAGCAGCAGCAGCAGCAGCAGCAGCAGCAAUGCCAGGGCGGAUGCUGCAGAGCCUCGAACCGCUAGCUGCAGGGGCAGCAGCUGAAAGCUUUUGUCACCUCUUUAUACCCAGCAGCAGCAGCAGCAGCAGCAACAGCAGCAGCAGCAGCAGCAGCAGCAGCAGCGCGAUCCCAGCUGCUGCUCUCUUCUUCUUUGCAUGCGCCGACCCCCAGCUGCUCAAUGCUGCAGCAGCACCGGGGGGCUCUUCUUCUUUGCAUGCGCCGACCCCCAGCUGCUCAAUGCUGCAGCAGCACCGGGGGGGCUGCAGCAAGCAGCAGCACAGGCAGCAGCACUCUCCUCCUCGCUGCGUCAGCAACAGCAGCAGCAGCAGCAGCAGCAACAGCAGCAGCAGCAGCAGCAGCUGGCAGAGGCCGUUAUGGGCGCAGCAGAACCUGCAGCAGCAGCAGCAACAGCAGCAACAGCAGCAGCAGCAGCAGCAACGCCUCUGA